AUGAGUGUGCAAAUAUUUGGAGACCAAGUAACGGAAGAAAGAGCGGAGAACGCUCGUUUGUCGGCGUUCGUGGGCGCCAUUGCCGUGGGUGAUUUGGUGAAAAGCACGUUGGGCCCCAAGGGGAUGGAUAAGCUGUUGCAAAGUGCGUCCAGUAAUACUUGCAUGGUAACAAACGAUGGUGCAACGAUUUUGAAGUCGAUCCCACUAGACAAUCCGGCCGCCAAAGUGUUGGUGAACAUCAGCAAGGUGCAAGACGAUGAAGUUGGAGAUGGCACCACCAGUGUCACUGUGUUGAGUGCAGAGUUGCUCAGAGAGGCAGAGAAAUUGAUUGAUCAGUCCAGGAUUCACCCUCAGACCAUCAUCGAGGGCUACCGACUAGCUUCAGCGGCCGCAUUAGACGCGUUGACGAAGGCGGCCGUGGACAACUCUCAAGAUAAGGUCAAGUUCCGUGAAGAUCUGAUCCACAUUGCUAAGACUACUUUGUCCUCCAAGAUUUUGUCUCAGGAUAAGGAUCAUUUUGCCGAAUUGACCACCAAUGCUAUUUUAAGGUUGAAAGGUUCCACCAACCUAGAACACAUCCAGGUCAUCAAAAUUCUCGGUGGGAAACUAUCAGACUCGUUUCUUGAUGAAGGUUUCAUUCUUGCGAAGAGGUUCGGUAAUAACCAACCAAAGAGAAUUGAAAACGCCAAGAUUUUAAUUGCUAAUACUACUCUGGACACAGACAAAGUCAAGAUAUUCGGUACCAAAUUCAAAGUUGAUUCUACAGUCAAAUUGGCACAACUAGAAAAGGCAGAACGUGAAAAGAUGAAGAGCAAGAUUGCCAAGAUUGCCAAGUUCGGUAUCAACACCUUUAUCAACAGACAGCUGAUUUAUGACUAUCCCGAACAACUAUUCACAGAUUUGAACAUAAACUCGAUUGAACACGCGGAUUUCGAAGGUGUAGAAAGACUAGCCUUAGUCACAGGUGGAGAAGUGGUGUCCACAUUCGACGAGCCAAGCAAGUGCAAAUUGGGGGAAUGUGACGUGAUCGAGGAAAUCAUUCUUGGCGAACAGCCUUUCUUGAAGUUCAGUGGCUGCAAAGCGGGCGAGGCUUGCACCAUCGUCCUAAGAGGUGCCACCGAUCAAACACUUGACGAAGCUGAAAGAUCUCUGCAUGACGCAUUAUCCGUGCUGUCCCAGACCACAAAGGAGACGAGAACGGUCCUCGGUGGUGGUUGCGCCGAGAUGGUCAUGUCUAAAGCCGUGGACACCGAAGCUCAAAACAUCGACGGCAAGAAGUCCCUCGCAGUCGAAGCCUUUGCCCGCGCUCUAAGACAACUGCCAACCAUUCUGGCCGACAACGCCGGUUUUGACAGUAGCGAGCUUGUGUCCAAGCUAAGGUCCUCUAUAUACAACGGCAUCUCGACUUCGGGCCUGGACCUCAACAACGGGACUAUUGCCGACAUGAGACAACUUGGCGUCGUCGAGAGUUACAAGCUGAAACGAGCAGUGGUCAGUUCUGCAUCUGAAGCCGCUGAAGUGCUACUAAGAGUGGACAACAUUAUUCGCGCCAAGCCAAGAACCGCCAAUAGACAACAUAUGUAA